ACUGGCCUUGAAGAAAACGAAUAUAAGGCGACAUUAAUUUGUUUCUAUUACACUUCAAUUCAAGUUGUGACAACUGUUGUGGCAAGUUUCAAAAUGAAGAUUCUUCUGUAUAUCACAGUUUUUUCGCUAAUUGCGUUGUCUAUCGCUGCACCACCAGGAUCCCAUCCUAGCAGUGGUAACGAAGAGUCGAAAACAAAAGAAGCAGAAGGAAUUCAUGUGGAACCGUUAGAAGCAAAUGCGUUAAACGAAGCAAAUGAUAAUGAUGAGAAACCAGCAGAAGCUAAUGACCUAGAAACCCUUGAUAAAGGGAGGAGGACGCACAGGCAUCCUAAGCGAGGCGGAGCAAAUGCGGCAAACGAAGCAAAUGAGGCAAACGAAGCUAAUGAGGCAAACGCAGCAAAUGCGGCAAACGAAGCAAAUGACUUAGAAACCCUUGCUAGAGGGAGGAGAAGGCACAGGCAUCGGGGACGCGGAGCAAAUGAGGCAAACGAAGCAAAUGAGGCAAACGAAGCAAAUGAGGCAAACGAAGCAAAUGAGGCGAACGAAGCAAAUGAGGCAAACGAAGCAAAUGCAGCAAACGAAGCAAAUGCCGCCAACGAAGCAAAUGCGGUAAACGAAGCAAAUGCCGCCAACGAAGCUAAUGGGAGGAGGCGCAAGCAACAACGGACAAACGAAGCAAAUGAGGCAAACGAAGCAAAUGCAGCAAACGAAGCAAAUGCCGCAAACGAAGCAAAUGACCUAGAAACCCUUGCAGAACGGGGGAGGAGGAGGCACAGGCAUCGGGGACGCGGAGCAAAUGAGGCAAACGAAGCAAAUGAGGCAAACGAAGUGAAUGCGUCAAGCGAAGCAAAUGCAGCAAAUGCAGCCAACGAAGCAAAUGCAGCAAAUGCGGCCAACGAAGCAAAUGCGGCUAACGAAGCAAAUGACCUAGAAACCCUUGCUAAAGGGGUUUGGCCGCACAGGCAUCCUAAGCGACGCGGAGCAAAUGAGGCGAACGAAGCUAAUGAGGCAAACGCAGCAAAUGCGGCAAACGAAGCAAAUUCCGCCAACGAAGCAAAUGCGGCUGAUCCGGAACCAUCAAGGAAAAAAAGGAAGGGGAGGCAUGGAAAAUGAAACACCAAUUCGAAGAAGAGGCAGGGCAGGAAGAAGAACUGGCAUAAUCACUAAUUAUUUGAUUUCAUCACUAAAGAUAAAUUAAUCUAAAUGUCUAAUUGUAAUGUUCGUGAAUAAAUUAAUAGCACAGAUA